GACUGCGUUCCCUCUGCUCGUGUAUCUUCGUACCUAUCGCCCCGCACGCAACAAAAAGGGUAUGAGUCUUUUGCACAACUCUCGACUCGUUCAUUUCUGUUGGGCCUUUCGCCGGGAUAACAUUCGUUUGCGCUGUUGUUGAGAACCUCUUGUUCAAUUUAACUAAGAAAGAUGGGUAAGGAGAAGACUCAUAUUAACAUUGUCGUUAUUGGACACGUCGAUUCCGGCAAGUCGACCACCACCGGUCAUCUGAUCUACAAAUGCGGUGGUAUCGACAAGCGUACGAUUGAGAAGUUCGAGAAGGAAGCCCAGGAAAUGGGUAAGGGUUCCUUCAAAUAUGCCUGGGUUUUGGACAAACUGAAGGCCGAACGUGAACGUGGUAUCACCAUCGAUAUUGCUCUGUGGAAAUUCGAAACCAGCAAGUACUACGUCACCAUUAUUGAUGCCCCUGGACAUCGUGAUUUCAUCAAGAACAUGAUUACUGGAACAUCCCAAGCUGAUUGCGCUGUGUUGAUCGUUGCUGCCGGUACUGGUGAGUUUGAAGCCGGUAUCUCCAAGAACGGACAGACCCGUGAGCAUGCUCUGCUCGCUUUCACCUUGGGUGUCAAGCAGCUGAUCGUUGGUGUCAACAAGAUGGACUCCACUGAGCCACCAUACAGCGAAUCUCGUUUCGAGGAAAUCAAGAAGGAAGUAUCGUCCUACAUCAAGAAGAUCGGUUACAACCCAGCUGCCGUUGCUUUCGUCCCAAUCUCGGGAUGGCACGGAGACAACAUGUUGGAACCAUCGACCAAGAUGCCAUGGUUCAAGGGAUGGAACGUUGAGCGUAAGGAGGGUAAGGCUGAAGGCAAGUGCCUGAUUGAAGCUCUGGAUGCCAUCCUGCCACCAAGUCGCCCAACCGACAAGGCUCUGCGUCUGCCGCUCCAGGAUGUGUACAAAAUCGGUGGUAUCGGAACGGUCCCAGUCGGUCGUGUUGAAACUGGUGUCCUGAAGCCAGGUACCGUUGUCGUGUUUGCCCCAGUCAACCUGACCACUGAAGUCAAGUCCGUUGAAAUGCAUCACGAAGCUCUGCAGGAGGCCGUCCCCGGAGACAACGUUGGUUUCAACGUUAAGAACGUCUCGGUCAAGGAAUUGCGUCGUGGUUAUGUUGCUGGUGACUCCAAGAACUCCCCACCAAAGGGUGCCGCUGACUUCACCGCCCAGGUUAUUGUCCUGAACCAUCCAGGUCAGAUCUCGAACGGUUACACCCCAGUGUUGGAUUGCCACACUGCUCACAUUGCUUGUAAAUUCUCCGAGAUCAAGGAGAAGGUCGAUCGUCGUUCCGGUAAGUCCACUGAGGAGAACCCGAAAUCGAUCAAAUCCGGCGAUGCCGCUAUCGUCAUCCUGGUCCCAUCCAAGCCCCUGUGUGUUGAGUCCUUCCAGGAAUUCCCACCGCUGGGACGUUUCGCUGUCCGUGAUAUGAGACAGACCGUCGCUGUCGGUGUCAUCAAGUCCGUCAACUUCAAGGAUCCCUCAGGUGGCAAGGUCACGAAGGCCGCCGAAAAGGCCCAAAAGGGCAAGAAAUAGCCGCCAACAGCAGCUGUUAUCAAGUCCACCGCCGCCGCCACAAACAACACCCUCACCAAUGGCUUCAACAAACAUCCGAAAUCCACCUCCAGGCGGUUGAUAAACAAUAUAAAAUCGUAUCACUGCUUCCAUCGGAAGGCAUUCAGACGAAAAGUAAACGGGCUUUAUAAUUCAUUCCUUUUUUUGCUAUCUAAGAACACAACUCUAUAUAUUAAUAAGAUAAUUAUUAAUAUUUAAUCUUUACACGAAGAACACAAACAACAGUAGAAGAAAGCAGUUGUAUGAAUGCGUGAUGAUAGAAAAAGCGAUUAAGAUUUUCCGGAUAAACAAAAUAUAACAAUCAAGAAUGAUUGAAGGAAA